GUCUUCUUCCACCUCCACACACACCCACACACACUCACACACACCAGCCUCUGGUCUCUGCACUGAGGACUCCCCUGGGUGUGUGUGACAGAGACAGAGUGUGUCUAACUUUCUGUGCUGGAUCUUUUAUUCCUUUCAUCCCCAAAGCCUCACCGGGAAAAGGAAACAUGACGGACGCAGCGACCAACAUGCGGCUGAAGCUGCCGAUCACCUGCUUCAUCCUGGAGAUCAUCCUCAUCAUCCUCUUCGGUGUGCUGGUGCAGUACGACCACGAGACGGAUGCAAAGGAGUGGCAUAACACCAACCACUCUAGUCACUCUGACUAUGACAAUGACUUCUACUACCGCUACCCAAGUUUCCAGGAUGUGCAUGUGAUGAUCUUCAUCGGUUUCGGCUUCCUCAUGACCUUCCUGCAGAGAUAUGGCUUCAGCAGUGUGGGCUUCAACUUCCUGAUCGCAGCCUUCGCCCUGCAGUGGGCGACGCUCAUGCAGGGCUUCUUCCACGGCAUGCAUGGAGGCAAGAUCCACAUUGGAGUGGAGAGCAUGAUCAACGCUGAUUUCUGCACCGGCUCUGUGCUCAUCUCAUUCGGCGCCAUCCUGGGUAAAACCAGCCCGGUCCAGCUGCUGAUCAUGGCCAUGUUCGAGGUCACACUGUUCGCCGUGAACGAGUUCAUCGUGCUUUCUGUCCUGGAGGCCAAAGACGCCGGAGGCUCCAUGACCAUCCACACAUUCGGAGCCUACUUCGGCCUGGUGGUGACCCGAGUCCUGUACCGGCCCAACCUGGACAAGAGCAAACACAGGAACAGCUCGGUCUAUCACUCCGACCUGUUCGCCAUGAUUGGUACCCUCUACCUGUGGAUGUUCUGGCCCAGCUUCAACUCGGCCAUCACGGCUCACGGAGACGACCAGCACCGCACGGCCAUGAACACCUACUACUCCCUGGCAGCCUGCACCCUGUCCUCCUACGCCAUGUCCGCCCUCACGGCACAUGACGGCAAGCUGGACAUGGUCCACAUCCAAAACGCUGCGCUGGCUGGUGGCGUCGCAGUGGGAACAGCUGGUGAAAUGAUGCUGACUCCUUUCGGCUCCAUGAUCGUGGGUUUCUUGGCCGGCAUCAUCUCUGUGCUGGGCUUCAAGUACCUCUCACCCAUCCUGGAGGACAAACUGAAGAUCCAAGACACCUGUGGGGUUCACAACCUGCACGGCAUGCCCGGCAUCCUGGGCGCCAUUGUGGGAGCGAUCGUGGCCGCUUUGGCAACUGUGGACAUUUACGGAGACGGUUUGGCAGACGUGUUCCCUAAUGUGGCGAAUGGAGAUGUAGAGGCGUCUUACCAAGGGGUUCGUCAGAUCAUUUCCCUCGCCGUCACCCUGGGCAUCGCCCUGCUGGGAGGCCUUAUUGUCGGUUUCAUUUUGAAGCUGCCCAUCUUCGGCGCUCCUCCUGACACCAUCUGCUUCGAGGACAGCAUCUACUGGGAGGUUCCUGGAGAGGAGGCGGCUCAUGACGACCAGUUGACCACUGUGAGGACGGAGGAGGUCGAGAAGCUCAACUGCUAGACGCACGCACGCACGCACGCACGCACGCACGCACACACACACACACACACACACACACACACACACACACACACACACACACACACUGAGGUUUUAACAUCCUAGCACUUGAGUAUUACACCCUGUAGGUUGUAAAAAAAAAAAAAAAAAAAAUUAAAUUUACCCCCAUGUGCUCAUGUCAACCUGCUAAAUGUUUAUUUUUAAUGUGUAAAAACUCACAAAUUCACUUUUUGUUUUUUAAAUCCUGGGGGGGGGGGGGGGGGCGGAUCACAUUUUCAAAGGUUAUUUUCUGCCUCGACCACUAGAGGGGGAUGUAGAGCUGCGUUACCCUGGGCCACAGGCCUGAGAGGAGGCUGGAGAUGAUGUGUCUAUUUCAUGAAAAAUGCUGUCUAAUUGUCCCCUAAACCGGGCCAAGACACGGUUACAGAAUUUAGCCAGAGCCGAACCAAAGACAGAAUCCUUCAGAGCCAGAAACCCUGGAACAGAAAAUUAAAACAACAAAAAAAAUGGGUUACAUGUUCAGAGUAAAGCAGUUUGGUUUUUACUAUUUCCUUUAUUUUAAAUAAAGGAUUUUCAUGUAAAACAAUACACAAGCAUAAUAAUGUUUUUUUUAUGUAUGUAUUAAUUCCUAAUAGUUUAGGUUUGGGAUUUUUCUGUGAUUUUAUUUUUAAUAUUAAACUUCGUUAGAAUAGAAAUUCAAUAGAUUUUCAAAUUGGCCCUAAAUGUAUUUGGUAAUAGCUGCGUUCACUGUUUGACACAAUUGUUCUGUGAAUUGAAAGUAUUUUGAAACGAUAUUGGAUUCCUUUUCACAAAAUAAAAUGUUCAAAUGUC